AUGGAGGGACUGUAUUUUGAAAUCGUCAAGAAUAGUGGCGGCACCCUGAUAAGACCAAAUCUCCCUGCAGGAAAAGACAUUGAUGCUAAGCUACUACUCAAAUCAAUUGCCCCAUCAGGAUGGGUAUAUCUUAGACUGCUAGAGGAGCUACCAGAUUCUUUCAUGGAUCCUAGUGAUAAAAAACUUUUAGUUUCUCCUUUUGCUGUUGAAGACACAGGUGAUCCGGGUGAUCCAGGCUUGUGUAUAGACUUGACCGAUGCUCCAGAUGGAGUAGGAUUGUCUCGUCAAAACUCAGCAAAUGGCACUGAAUCCUCUAAUCCAGACGAAAGUUCAACACUCAAUGCCAAUGAGAGUCAGUCACAAUCAAGUUCUUUGAACAUUAAGUCAAUUAUCAGGGGUGCUAAAGAGGGAGAGUUGAGUGACCCCGUAAAAGUGCUCAAAUAUCUACAGAAUUGAAGGAGAUAGUAACUGGAAGACCCUUAGAAGUCACAAGCUCAGAAGACACCAUUGAAGGAGAAACAAAUUACAUAACAGUCGACAGAGACAAUAUACUAGACACCACAUUUGCUGAACUUCAAUAUAUAUCCAACUACAGACUAACAUUCCAGGUGGACUUUAUGGGAGAGGAAUGUGUAGAUUAUGAUGGGCCACGAAAAGAAUGGAUAAGAUUAAUGAACCAAGCCAUAAAACAAAAAAAUACUUUGACCAUGGUUUAA